UCCCUCAAUCAGUCAAUCUGUAUACAGCAACUCAGCGAUCUUAUAUUUACCCAACACACCAUGAGAGCGCUCGCUGUGGUGGCCAUGGUGGCCACGGCCUUCCUCGCGGCGGCCGUGCAUGCCGAGCAGUGCGGCAGCCAGGCCGGCGGCGCGGUGUGCCCCAACUGCCUCUGCUGCAGCCAGUUCGGCUGGUGCGGCUCCACCUCCGACUACUGCGGCGCCGGAUGCCAGAGCCAGUGCUCCGCCGCCGGCUGCGGCGGCGGCGGCCCGACCCCGCCGUCCGGCAGCGGUGGCAGCGGCGUCGCGUCCAUCGUGUCGCGCUCGCUCUUCGACCAGAUGCUGCUCCACCGCAACGAUGCGGCGUGCCCGGCCAGCAACUUCUACACCUACGACGCCUUCGUCGCCGCCGCCAGCGCCUUCCCGGGCUUCGCCGCCGCGGGCGGCGACGCCGACACCAACAAGCGCGAGGUCGCCGCGUUCCUUGCGCAGACGUCCCACGAGACCACCGGCGGGUGGGCGACGGCGCCCGACGGCCCCUACGCGUGGGGCUACUGCUUCAAGGAGGAGAACGGCGGCGCCGCCGGGCCGGACUACUGCCAGCAGAGCGCGCAGUGGCCGUGCGCCGCCGGCAAGAAGUACUACGGCCGGGGUCCCAUCCAGCUCUCCUACAACUUCAACUACGGGCCGGCGGGGCAGGCCAUCGGCGCCGACCUGCUCGGCGACCCGGACCUCGUGGCGUCCGACGCCACCGUCUCCUUCGACACGGCCUUCUGGUUCUGGAUGACGCCGCAGUCGCCCAAGCCGUCGUGCCACGCGGUCGCCACCGGCCAGUGGACGCCCUCCGCCGACGACCAGGCGGCGGGCCGCGUGCCGGGCUACGGCGUCAUCACCAACAUCAUCAACGGCGGGCUGGAGUGCGGCCAUGGCGAGGACGAUCGCGUCGCCGACCGGAUCGGCUUCUACAAGCGCUACUGCGACAUCCUCGGCGUCAGCUACGACGCCAACUUGGAUUGCUACAGCCAGAGGCCCUUCGGCUCCUAAGCUUCGCCUACCUAGCUUCCACACAGUGAUAAAUAAUCACUGAUGGAGUAUAUGUUUACACCAUAUCGAUGAAUAAAACUUGAUCCGAUCGACGACGAUGAUCAGUAAUGCACGACGAAGCGAUUGGUAAAAUAUAAUGUAUUAUAUGGAAAGAAUACAGUACCACUUGAUUAAUAUUGUAUGGAAAGAAUACAGUAUCAUCGAGUGGACAAAAA